UUUCCACGCUUGAGCUAGAAACUGAACGGACGCCAAACCAAGGGAAUGGGUGCAUGGAAACCAAGCUGGUGGGGCUGUCAAGAACUGAAAUAACGUUUCAGAAAGCAGUACUUUUAUUUGGAGACAUCAGCAAGGUUCUGUUGCAUUGCUCUGGUCAGCAGCAAAGAGCAUAAAGCCAAAAGCAUUUGAUCAGUCUGUGUGCAGCACUUAGGUGCAACAGGAUGGUGUAUUUAAACGUUUUGAUUAAUAAUCCAUUACGUUCGCUUUAAUUUCAUUAAAAUGGCAAUAUGUCUGUAGUAAGCAGUACUCUGCCAAGCUUAUCCUUAAUGUGUGUUGGACACUGAACUGAUACACGUCUGGCAUUUUUACUGUCAUGGUUUUGCCUCUUUUGUUUUUUAUGGUCUUGAAAAUGAUCACAGAUGUCCCUAAGUACACACAGAAUGAUAGAGAGAAGCACGUCGAUCCAGUUCCCACAAUCCAUUUAAAGUCUUCUGGAAAAACUCAGCUCCUAUUGUCUGUGCACUGUGGGUUCCGUAUCCUGCUGCAGCCACACAGAUGAGUGAUUCCCACAGAGGCUCUCAAGCUCAUAAAUCUCAGAGCAGCCACUGCAGGGUGAGGGCUGCCACACAGCCACUGCUGUACCGUUCUGUUGCAGUCUGGUUUUGGGCAACGUUUUUCACAGAAUCGUAGGGGUUGGGAGAGACUUCUGCAGAUCUUCUAGUCCAGCUCCUGUUACGCAGGAAAGGGUUGGGCGGGUUUUGAAUAUCUCCAGAAGAGGAGUGUCCUCAACCUCUCCAGGCAGCUCCCAGCAUCCUGUCCUCCUCACAGUAAAGUUCUUCUUCACGCUUCCUACAUUCCAGUUUGCGUCCAAUGCGCUGUUGUUGGGCACCACCGAAAAGAGUCUGGCUCCAUCCACUCCGCUCCCACCCUUUAGAGUGAUGAGAUCACCCCCCAGCCUUCUCUUCUCUGGGCUGAACAGCCCUAGAUGUAUCAGCCUUUCCUCACACAGGAGGUGCUCCAGGCCCCCAGCCAUCUUUGCAGCCCCAUGCUGGACUCUCUCCAGCAGUUCCCUGUCUUUCUUGAACUGAGGAGCCCAGAACUGAACACUGCUUAAUGUUUUACUAUAAACAUAUUUAUUCUGCUGUUUCUUCUUUACACUGGAAUGAAUCUGUGUUUCUAAACAGGUAUUUAUGCAAGAUGCACUCUUUCAUUGCUUUGUACAGAUUUUGCCUUCCCAGUGCUAUCAAAGUGUAGUAAAAUAUUGCGUGCAAUACUGAAGGUAAGCCUGUCUUUUUAUUGUAUCGCUGAAAACAACCUGUUCCCAAAGGGCCUGUAUUUACAAAGAAAGACACACGGAUAUUUGGUUUCAAGGCCAUAUUAGAUGGGGCCCUGGGCAGCCUGGUCUAGCAUUAGGUGGGAAGGUUGGUGGCCCUGCAUGUGGCAGGGGGGUUGGAGAUUUGUGAUCCUUGAGGUCCUUUCCAACCCUGGCCAUUCUGUGAUUUCAAUAUUUUGGGAUGGAUGCUCACCAUAAGGGUGGGGCAGCAAUUUAAUGCGUUCUGUCACUCCGCAAGGGCUGAGGGAGGGCUGAGGACAACACCUAUUUCACACGAGCCACGCUGCAGGAGGAUCGGGGGAACUUAAACACAGAGCCGACACUGGAAUUUCAGGCGUCGUAUAAUUUCCCUUGCUGACAAACGGGCAGGAGAUAGCAGCAGAAAGCCUCCAAGCAUUAGUCACGCUGCACUCCAACAAGCAACAAUUACACAUAAUUGAGUACUAUGUCACCUCGCUCUGCCAUCGAAAUUUCACAAGAGCGAACUCAUAAAAACCUGGCGUUGUGUUUACAAGCAGAACGUGCUGCCUGGGAAAGCAAAGGAAACGCCGCCGUGCUGCGGGCUGCGCCGCCUCUGGGCCGCGGGGCUGGGCGCGCUUCGCAGGGAGGCUCCGGGGGCCGCGCCAGUUUCCUCCGGGCGAAAGCACGAGGGCUUCCCCCUGCCGAAGAUCGAAGCCCUUGGAAGCGCUGUUCUUUUGUUUCUCAACGCUCCCGAAGCUGAGAGUUUGAACACGCGGUGUAUCUCAUCCCAAGCGCACGCGUGCCGAACGGACCUGACGUUCCGCCGGCGUGCAGCGGGGACUCGGGGUUUUAAAGCCUGCAGAGCUGGCACGAGGCCCACGCGCUCCUGGUUUGGAGAGGGACGACAAGGCGGCGCCGUGCCUCGGCCAGGCGGAACGCCGCUGCGAGGGCCGCGUCUGGGUGCCAGCAGUGAGGUUACCGUGCCGCCCAGCAGCAGCAGCUCGAAAGGAAACGAGGCGCGAAGCAGGGAAGAAAAGAACAGCGCAACCAACGCCAAAGCCGAACUCCGCGCUUUAUUCAUCUUCUAACGCAGCAAACACAAAACUCCACACGGCGCGCCGAGCGGCAGCGACCCGACAGACAAAGGCCGCAGCGGGAGCUGCCCUGCUCGUCAAGGAACGUUCCCAGGGAAACUCGCCGCCACGGGCGGUCGCUUAACGCGUCCCAGCGCCUCCCCGUGACGCAGCCGCUCGCGCCGACCGCCGCCCUGCCGGCCUGCGCUACAGCCGGCCGCCUGGGCUUGGGGUUAUGGCUGGAGCCGGGCCCCGCCCCGCCGAGCGCCGCCCACCCCGGAGCUGCAGCGCCCGCAGCCCCCGCUCCCCAACUACGCACUCAGCCGAGCUCACCGCCCCCAAUCCCCUCAGAGCCCGCCCCUUCCCCGCCACGCCAUUGGCCGGUCGCGCCGUCUCUCCGGCGUCGCCUCCGCCGAUUGGGCGAGGAGGGGGCGCCCCCUCUUCCCUCCCGGUUCUGUCGGUUGAGGCGAGCCGAGAGUAAAUAGAAGCAGGAGCGCAAAAUGGCGGAGCCGCCGAGCUCCGGUCGUGGCGCGGCUUCGCCAGAGCGGGAGCUGUUCUGCGUCAGGCCGGGCCCGGACGCGAAGGCCUCCCGCGGUUCGCAGCCAGCCUCCAAGAAGCUGAAGGGAGCCGACGAGAGGGGCCUGAAGGGCGCCAAGCGCGUCAACGGCGAAGGGGGCGGCGGCGGCGGGAGCGGCAAGCAGCAGCCGCUGCCCGCGGCGGUGCCGAGCUACGGGAGCCCCGCGGCGUGGAGCUUCGCCGCGCUGCCGCCCGGGCCCUCCGUCAGCGCGGCCGGCUUCGCCUUCCCCUCGCCGCUGCCCCGGAAGCUGCUGCCGCCCGCCCUGCUGCUGCCGUCCGCCGCUUCUCCCUCCCCGUCCUGCCCGCAGCACCGCCACCACCGGCACCGCCCGGCUCCGGCCGGAGAGGCCGCCAAGCCCAAGAGGCCGAAGGAGAAGCGAGACAAGGAGAGGAGGAAGCACGGAGCGCUGCCCGCGCUCGGAGAUGGCGGCGGCGGGGCCCUGAGUGCGGCGGGUCGGGAGGAGAACGGCGAGGUGAAGCUGCUGCUGCAGAAAGCUCAAAUCAAAGAGAAAAUGAAAGAAAGGGAAAAGAAGCAAAAAGAGAAGAAGAAGCACAAAAUAAUGAAUGAAAUAAAGAAAGAAAAUGGAGAAAUCAAGUUACUGCAGAAAGCUGGGAAGGAGAAACCAAAAAUGAAUGCAGAAGAGCUACAGAUAAAAAAGGUUAAGAAGAAAAAGAAAAAGAAACAUAAAGAGAAUGAGAAGAGGAAGCGUCCAAAAAUGUACAGCAAAUCCAUUCAGACUAUCUGCUCAGGACUGGUUUCUGAUGUUGAGGAUCAGGAAGCCAAAGGCAUCAUAGAUGAUCAUCUUAAGGAUUUCAAUGGGAAAAAUAUGGAUCCCAAGAAGGACUGUGAGUCCAAGAUACCAGAGAACAGUGAGUUUCCAUUUGUCUCGUUAAAGGAGCCACGGGUUCAAAAUAAACUCAAAAGGUUGGACACAUUGGAGUUCAAACAGCUGAUUCAUAUUGAGCACCAGCCUAACGGAGGUGCAUCAGUUAUCCAUGCCUACAGUAAUGAACUCUCCCACUUAUCUCCUGUGGAGAUGGAGAGAUUUGCAGAAGAGUUUGUGGGUCUGGUUUUUAGUGAAAAUGAAAACUGUGCAGCUUACUAUGUAAUGGGUAUUGUUCAUGGGGCAGCUACAUAUUUACCUGACUUUUUAGACUACUUUUCAUUUAAUUUUCCCAAUUCACCAGUGAAAAUGGAGAUUUUGGGAAAGAAAGAUAUAGAGACAACGACUAUGUCAAAUUUUCAUGCUCAGGUAAAAAGAACAUACUCUCAUGGUACGUAUAGAGCUGGCCCAAUGAGACAGAUCAGCCUGGUUGGAGCAGUUGAUGAGGAAGUGGGGGAUUACUUCCCUGAAUUCCUUGAUAUGUUGGAAGAAUCACCUUUCUUAAAAUGUACGCUGCCAUGGGGAACGCUUUCUAGUUUAAAAUUAGAGAGUCGUAAAGACAGUGAUGAUGGUCCCAUUAUGUGGGUACGUCCAGGAGAGCAGAUGAUCCCCGUGGCUGACAUGCCAAAGUCACCUUUCAAAAGGAAGAGAACUACCAAUGAAAUAAAAAACUUGCAGUACCUACCUCGAACCAGUGAACCACGUGAAAUGCUAUUUGAAGACCGGACACGAGCCCAUGCAGAUCACAUAGGACAAGGUUUUGAAAGACAGACUACAGCUGCUGUGGGAGUGUUGAAGGCUGUGCACUGUGGAGAGUGGUCUGAGCAGCCUCGUAUAACCAAAGAUGUAAUUUGUUUUCAUGCUGAGGACUUCUUAGAGGUAGUUCAGCGCAUGCAGUUGGACUUGCAUGAGCCUCCACUCUCACAGUGUGUCCAGUGGGUUGAUGAUGCAAAACUGAAUCAGCUGCGAAGGGAAGGCAUUCGAUAUGCCAGAAUUCAGUUAUUUGAUAAUGACAUCUAUUUUAUCCCGAGGAAUGUUGUGCACCAGUUCAAAACAGUUUCAGCGGUGUGCAGCUUGGCAUGGCACAUCCGGCUCAAGCUGUAUCAUUCAGAAGAAGAAGCUUCUCAAAAUGCAAGCACUCUCGAAGCAGGGACCUCUGCAGACCCCAAGUCUUCGGUUAUGGGACUUCAGACUGACAGCAGGAUUUGUACAAUAAGCAAAAAUACCUCCGAAGACGCCAAACUUUCAGACGUUCUGCAGCAGGAAUUUAUGCCGAUAAAACACGAACCUAUUGCAUCUCACCGAAUAAAAGAAGAACCCAUGAAUGUUGAUCUUGCUGAAAAGACCAUGGCACCCCAUGACAGCAGGGGCCAGAAUCUUCAGACUAGGUUGGAUCAGGUUGAAUUGACGGCGUUUAAGUUGGAAAGUGAUUCCAAAUUUGAACCUGGCAGCAAGGACUUACAAGGCAAGUUGUGCCCCGGCAGUCACGUACAUCCGGAUGAUACAAGACAACAUAGUUCAUAUCCAAAACUGCAUGGACAAAGAGAGGAUGAUUUUUUGUGCUAAAUUUGUAUAUAUUGUUUUAAAUUCCUUUUUAAACUUAAUGAUGUAAUAAUGUAAAGAUUCAUAAAUUCUGUGAGGCAAGUUUGUGACUUGCCUUCGCAUCUGUUACAGAAGAUAGUUAUGUAGCUUUGUAACAUUCCUCAGUGCCUGUCCAUAACUGUGAAGUAUCAAAGCACUUAGGGCCAGAUGCACUGUAAACACUGCAGGUUAACAUAAAGAAGUCUUUAAAUAAUUUUGAGUUGUAGGUUUUAGAGUAGAGCUGACAUUUAACAUAUAUAUUUUUUGUAAGAUGAGCCAGAAUUCUUUUUGACAAUUCCAGGCUUUUCCAUAGAGCUUAUUUAUACCAAUUUUUUCAUUUUAAAUGUGUCAGCACUGUAGUGUAAAUAUCUUUUUUAAAAAUCUUUUUAGUGUGAUUUAUACUGAAACGUGAGCCGCUUAAUAAAGGUUCAUAAUAACA